AUGUCUUACGGAUCUGUUGCCAGUGGAGGUGGCUUGGGGAGCCAUGACCCUUUUGGGACUCCUUCAAGAGAAGGCUGUCAGCCCCUAGUAAUUGUAACUGUCCCUUGCUGUAGAUGUUGGACCGAAUAUGGAAUCUGCCAUUUCCCCUGCCCACCGCCAGAGAGCGGUCCACAGGAGGUCUGAGUGGGGAAGGAGGGGAAAGGUGAUCUGGGGCCGGUUGGCACCACCAGAAGCUCAAGGGCCAGGAAGCGAGGGCCUGGAGUUUCUCCUGAAGGUAGUCAGGAGCCCACCUCACUGCCUGCCACUGGCACUGGCCGGAAGUCAGGAUCCAGCACCACCUGGGCUAAGAAGAGGAAGCCCAACUUCUGCCCACAGGAGACAGAGGUGCUAUUAUCCAAGGUCAGUAAGCACCACCAGCUGCUGUUUGGCACAGGGCUGCUGAAGGCUGAGCCUACUUGCAGGUACUGUGUGUGGAGUCGCAUCCUGCAGUCAGUAAAUGCUCUGGGCUACUGCCACCGAGAUGUGGUGGACCUGAAGCAUAAAUGGCGGGACCUGAGUGCAGUUGUGCGGCGCAAGCUGGGCGACCUCCUUAAGACUGCUCCCAGCUCCGGCCCUGCCUCCAACAAGCUGCAGGCCCUGACCCUCACACCUGUGGAGCAGGCAGUGGCCAAGACCUUCUCCUGCCAGGCCCUGCCCCCUGAGGGCCAUGGCCUCCAGCUGCCCAGAGCUGCUCCAGGUGAUCCCCAUCCUGUCUAGGAGCUAUGUCAGGCCAGCAUUUUUCGAAUCAACUCGGCAGUGACCUCCUUGGAAGAGAGCUUACAGUCUCUGGGAACACCGAAUGACACACCGGAGCUCCGGGACAGCCUGCACUCAGUGCAGCAGAAGACUAACAAAACCAUUAUAGCCAGUGCCACGAAGCAGCUAUCGGAGCUCCUACAGGCCCCUAGCCCGCAGGAGCACCUGAAGCUGGACUGACUGAAAACUCAGUUCUUAGAAGCCAUCCAGCACUAUGGAAUGGUACAAAAGAAAAUUGCAGAAAAGUCCAGAGCACUGCUUCCCAUGGCUCGGAGGGGCAGCCAGCAGCAGAGCCUCCGGGCUCCUUUUGUGGAGCUGGCCAACAAUGAGAAGACCUCCAGUGAAGGUCAUAGCAGGUGGCAGGGCCAGGAGUAAGAGCCGCCUCCAGACAUCACAGAGGAGAAUUUGGAAGCCAUCCUUCAGGUGGAGAUAAGGCUAGAGCUGGAGAGUGGCUUGCUGGACGUGAACCAAGUCAUUGGGGACUUGGGCUCCAUGGUGCCAGAGCAAGGAGAUGCCAUUGGGUCCAACAGCAAGAAGGCCCCAAGCAGGCCAAGCUCCAGCUCUGCGAUGGCUGAGGCAGGCCUGCUGCCAGGUUCACACUCCCGCACCAAGAUGCGCAAGGAGACAGAGGUGCUGUGCAGAGGGAGUGUGGAGCAGGAUCCCGCAGGCCGUGAACACGCUGGGCUACUGUCACCGGGACCUGAGCGACCUCAAGCACAAGUGCCAGGCCUGCGAGGGGCUGUGUGCAGGAAGCUGUCGAGAGCCCAGCCCCUGGCCUCGUCCUCACACACAGUGGCCGAGACCUUUCCAGCACCAGCACCCCAAGGCAAGGGCCAGGCUGUAGAAACCCUGCAAACUGACCAGGAGGAUGAGGCCCCCACCUGCUUGUGGCUACCUCUGCGAACCCUGGAUGGGCCCCGCCCACCCGAGCCUGAUAGCCUGGACUUCCACCGAGUCACCCAUGUGCCUGCCUCCUCUCCAGCCACGGCAGCCCCUGUGGCCACGCUCUUGGGGACCUUCGGGCCCUCACCCUCUGGGAGGACCCCUGUGACACCACCGGAGGCAUCGGCUUUUGCGCAAUGGCUGCUGGACGUGCAUGGGCAGUGGGGUACCCUGUUGGCUUCCUGGUCACAGCAGAGCACACUGAUGGCCAAGCAGAACCAGCUGCUGCAGCAGCUGGCUGGGCAGGGCCGGAGGCUGGCCCUCAACCUGACCCUGGGGCGGCUGGUGACAGGGGUCUCAGCUCAGGAAGCUUCAUGCUCAGCCCCAGACAGCACCUCUGCUGUCUGUGUGGCCCACAGACCCACCAGAGGCUCUCCGGCAUCUCCCCCAGGCCUGGAAGUCUUCUCAGGAAUGAUCCUGAAGGUAGAAGAAGAGGUGUAGGGCUGACCUUGGGGCACUGACGGAGUGGAGCGGAGGAUGGCGAUGGGAACUCCAACCCCUCUUGGGGGAGAAGAGGGGAGUCUGGGCCUCCCGGAGCGGGGAGGCUGAGAGGAUGGCAACCCUCGUGGUGGGGAGCUCCUCGCUCUCUGGCCUGUGUGGCUAUGGCACCCUGCGGGUGGGCGCCUUGGAGCACCAGCCCGGGGGGCCCUGGCUUACCCAGGGACAGGAAGGGGCUGAGGGGC